UUAAGGUUAAGGUUAGGGAGGGUUCCAUGUAUAGACGUCCCAAGGAUACAGCAUAGCACUAUUCGUAUCCAAACGGGAUAGGGAUCCAUUUACCGUCCUCCUUGACACACACCGGGUCACGUGACAGAUCCUGCACAUUUUAAAAAGAACGGGAUAUCCUACAAUUCACGCCAGGGCUUCACAGAGGUGGCAAAAUGACUCCAGGUGCCAGUUGACCGACUUUCGCACCUCCGCAGCCCUUUUGUGCAAUUGUCAGAGGAGCGUCAACGGGACAACGCGCUGAACGCACCAACGACCCAUGAGACUUCAUAAUCAAACCUGUUGACGAGGCCCCGUCCUAAUUUUUAUCCCCGUUUCUAUUCUUAUACGAAGUUGAUCUACAGCUUGCAGAGAAAUCAUAUUGGAGGCCGAAAAGUGGGGCUAUCCUCUGUCAUUAUUAAUAUUUGCUCGGGAUGGCAGUGAACUUUAGAUGCGCAGUUCAAGUCUUGGUUUUACUGGGCUGUGUGAUUAUCCUCAGUAACGUGCUAUGUCCCGUCGGUGCGUACCUCUACAACAACCGCUAUGCAGGGGAUCAAGUCUUCAGGAUAACUCCCAGCAACAAAGAGGAGGUUCAGGUGCUGAAGAAACUCCUGGGAAACAUCAAGGUCGACCUAUGGCAGCCCAACAGUGCCUCUCUGAUCCGACACAAUGCCACUGUGGACGUGCACGUGAGACGGAACGACACACGAGGGCUACGGACACGCCUCCAGAGAGAACACAUAGAUUUUAAGGUGUUCAUAUCUAACCUUCAGAAGGAAAUUGAAAAGCAGACAGGACAUCGCUCUUCCCGCAAGAGGAGGUCUGAAUCCCAAUAUGACUAUGAGGUGUACCACUCUCUGGAGGAGAUCCAGAGUUGGAUGUUUGAGAUGAACAGGACACAUCGUCACCUGGUGGACAUGUUCUCUAUAGGGAGGUCAUAUGAAGGCAGACCCCUCUAUAUACUCCAGCUAGGAAAGAGAACACGGUCCUAUGAGAAGGCCGUGUGGAUAGACUGUGGGGUCCACGCCAGAGAGUGGAUUGGACCAGCCUUCUGUCAGUGGUUUGUCAAAGAGGCUCUGCAUUCCUACCAGUAUGACUCUGUGAUGAGACGACUGAUGAACCAGCUCAACUUUUACAUCAUGCCUGUCUUCAACGUUGACGGAUAUCACUUCAGCUGGACUACGGAUCGUUUCUGGAGAAAAACCAGGUCCAAAAACGCCAAGUACCACUGCAGAGGUGUUGACGCCAACAGGAACUGGAAAGUCAAAUGGUGUGAGGAGGGUGCAUCCUCCCAGCCCUGUGAUGACACGUACUGCGGACCCUUCCCCGAGUCCGAGCCGGAGGUCAAGGCGGUUGCCAAGUUCCUGCGCAAGCACAAGAAGCGUGUCAAGGCCUACAUCUCCAUCCACGCCUACGCCCAAAUGUUGCUCUACCCCUACUCCUAUAAAUACGCCACCAUCCCUAACUUCAACUGUGUGGAGUCAGCUGCACACAAUGCAGUGACUGCCCUGUACUCUGCCUAUGGAGUGAGGUAUAGAUAUGGACCUGCCUCCACCACACUGUAUGUCAGCUCAGGCAGCUCCAUGGACUGGGCCUAUCGGAACGGGAUCCCUUAUGCCUUUGCCUUUGAACUGCGGGACACAGGCUACUUUGGCUUCCUGUUACCUGAAGCCCUGAUCAACCCCACCUGCACUGAGACCAUGAGAGCAGUGAAGACCAUCUCAUCAGGCCUACUGAAGAAGUGUGAGACAGGGAUGCAUCAGCUGGACAGGGAGAGAUAUCCAUAUCUCUGAGAUAUACAGACAAUUUUCUCUGCAUCUGCUAGCAAAUAUCUACAGGCAGUGGGUUAUUGUGUCAAAAAGGAUUAUGCGAGCCUUAAGGGGAUAGUUCGGGAUUUUAUCUACUCACCUAGAGUGAGAUUAAAAUGUUUAUGUAUCUGCAUGCAGUUUGAAAGAAGUUGCUAACUAGUUUUAGGGCAAUUGCUAACUUGCUUUAGCGCAAUGACUAAGUCUAUGGGAACAGCUUGCAUGCUAGCUGUUCCUAUAGACUUCCAGUCAUUUUGCUAAUGCUAAUUGGCAUUGGCUCUUGAAAUUAUCUCUAACUUCCUUCAUAUUGGAUGCAGAUACAUAAAAAUCCCGAGCUGUCCCUUUAAUGUUUACCCAAGAGUGGUCACACUCCCUUUUAUGUCUGUAUCUUAGAGGCUAUAAUAGUAGUACUUGAAAAUGACCUCAAACAAUUAUUUAGAUGUCAGAUGACAUAACUUCACCAUGUACUAUAAUAACUCCACUAUUUACAAAGCGUACAGCGGACAUAAGCACUUGAAUGCCAUUUUCAAGAGACUGAUAUUGCAUUUCACAGCACUUUUUUAAAACCAAGACUUUCUCCUGAAUUUACUGUUUUCACCCUUCAAAACUUCACAAUCUGGAGCACCAUCAGCUAACUGCUAGAUGUCUUCCAAAUGUAUUUUACAUUAAUUGUGGUAGAACAUCAGCUUAUUUAGCAAAGCAAAUUUAGUUUCUAUGGUACAAACAACAAGAAUGCUAUAGUAUCAUUAAAGGGAUUGUUCACCCAAAUUACAAAAUUACAUAUUGGUUUCCUUACCCUGUAAGCAGUCUAUGGACAAGGUAUGACAGCACUCGAAGUUUUGGUUUUGUUUAGCUGGCCACUGUUUUGAAAUACUAACUUUUGUCCAAUGCAAGUCAAUGGUACAUAUAUUAACAUUUUCACUCUUCAUGUCCAAGUCAUCCUAAAGUAUCAAAAAUGUAUUGUGUAACUCAAUUAGGUUACUAACAGAUCAUUUGGACAUGAAGCGUGAAAAUGCUAAUAUGUGACUUGCAAUAGAUUUUUCCACUAAUGCAAAAAAAGUUAGCAUUUCAAACAGUGGCCAGUUAUACAAAACCAAAGCAUGGAUUGCUGUCAUACCUUGUCCAUAGACUGCUUACUUGGUGAGAAUGUGUCAUUUGAGUGAACUUUUCCUUUAACAAACUGCCUUCAAAUGGACUUUACAUCUCUUUAUGCUUUUCAGUUGCUGACUUAUAUAGUCAGUGGUAAAGGACAAGUUUAUCAUUUUUUUAAAGCGGAAAUGUUUACUUUUGAUAGAAAGUGCCCAGGACAUUUACUGAAUUGUAAUAAACGGUAUUUCAUUUUUA